AUGAUUGUUAUGGAGAUUGUGGAACAAAUAGAGAGGAUUUGUUGUUCUGUUUUAAUGCAAGCAAUCACUGCAAAUAGAAUAAUGAACUCUUCUUCACCAUGGUUUCACUUAAGUUGUGGCUUAUUUAAAGAAAAUGGAAAAAAGUCGCAGAUACAAGCCAAUCUGGGCAUAAAGAAAAUAUCCCACCAUUUAGCUCCUUCAUGUUCAUUGCUCGGUUUAUUGGUCCAAUACACCCACUCGUUACUAAUGAAGGACUCUUCACCCAAUUUAUCGCAGUUGUCGGACAAAAUUCAGAGAUCAAAUUCAAGUGAAGGUGAUGUGAAGCAGGCUACUUGUGUUGUCGCUUAUUAA